AUGGUACUCUUAACGUUGCUUGGAGUAACUGCUUUAAUUCUAAGAGAAAGGAAGAAGGUCAACAUCACUCACUCAGGUCAAAAAGAAAAUGCAGAGCAGAGUGAUGUACCACCUGUGAAGAGUCCUGAUGGCCGAGAACUCGAUGACCCAGAUACAGUCUGUGCCGCGUCCAGCUGUAAUAAUGACAUCCACCAAUCUACAGUCUGUGCACCAUCCGACUCUUCUGUUGACUUCUCUCCAGCUUCUUUCAGUGCCACAUCCAGCAGUACUGAUAAUGUCCCCCAAGCUACAGUAUGUGCCGCGUCCGGCUGUAAUAGUGACGUCUCCAAUGAUAAUGUCCCCCAAUGUGCAGCCUGUGCUCUAUUAGACAUUAGUGAAGACUUCACCCAAGCUACAGUCUGGUCCGUGUUGGCCAAUGGUGAUGACGUCUCCCAAUGCGCAGACUAUGCCCUGUUAGAUGACAGAGAUGAUCUCCCCCAAGCUACAUCUCCAUUUCACGAAACAUUAGACUGUAGAGUCAAUGUCCCCCAAGCUUCAGCCUGUGCAGCGGCCGACUGUAGUGUUGAUGCUCCCCAAGAUCCAGUUUGUGAGACAGAGGACACUGUCCCACCUCAGUCAAGCCAGAUACAAGAGGAUGAGACAGCUAUUGUCAUCAAUUCACGCCGUUAUGAAGUCAAAGGUCAUCUGGGUGAAGGAGGCUUUGGAACUGUUUAUGCAGCGACUCGUUUGGAUGAUGGCCUACAGGUGGCAGUAAAAUUUGCAUCCAUCUGGGACACGAAACUCAUCAGCAUUGACGGCUAUCCUGAACCUCUUCCACUGGAGGUGGCUUUGCAAAUUCUUGCAAAUAAAGGCCCCAGGGUUCAGGAAAUCAUCCAGCUUCUGGACUGGCAGGUGGAGCCUGACCAUUACUUUAUGGUGCUAGAGCGGCCCAUGCCCUGUCAGUCCUUGUAUGAAUAUUUAAAGUGCUACGAGGACACCAUUGAAGAGGACGUGGCACGAGUUAUAAUGCACCAGGCAAUAUUCGCAGCUCGAACAUGCUGCCUGCGUGGAGUGUUUCACCGGGACAUUAAGCUGGAAAACCUUCUGAUUAACCCGGACACACUCCAAGUCAAAUUAAUUGACUUUGGCUGCGGUGCGAUCCUCACCGACGCGGGUUACACGUCCUUUGCUGGCACAACAGAGUACUGCCCUCCAGAGUAUUACAUGACCGACAAGUACCACGGCGAACCAGCGACAGUGUGGUCACUCGGGAUCCUCUUGUUUGUGAUACUUUUUUGUCAAUUUCCAAAGAGACGGGACCUGCAGAAGAUGAAUGGUGAAAGCUGGACCAAAGCUGGCUUUUCGAAAGAAUGCUGUGAUUUUAUUCGCUGCUGUCUACAGAUCGACCCGAAGCAGCGAAUAGAACUGGACAUGCUCAGUCUCCACGACUGGUUUAUGGUGAAUACAUUUAGAUGA